AAGUAUCGCUACCAGGAUGAGGAUGCUCCACACGACCAUACUUUACCCCGCUUAACUCACGAAGUGAGAGGGCCAGAACUAGUUCACGUUUCUGAAAAGAAUUUAUCGCAGAUAGAAAAUGUCCACGGAUACGUCCUGCAAUCGCACAUCUCGCCUCUGAAG